AUGUCUGUCUGUAAAUCUCCGCCAGACUUGGUGUUCUGUAAACAAGAUGUUCAGGUACCGCAAACAGGUUCAUUUAUUGUUCCAUUGAAUAUGUAUUUCAGAAAACAAAAUGUAGCGUUUGUUUUCUAACAAUUUAAUUGCUUGUCAAUCAAGGCAUUGAUUAAAUCAUGCUUUGUUUGGUACCUGUCUUUUGCAGUAAGUUCCACAUCAAUUCGUUUUAAGUCAAGGUCGGUUUGGAAAGUGAAACAAUCAGGCCUCCUGCUUGUGGCGGGACAAUUUCGGAAUCUGCCCAGCCAUCGCACGUUAGCUCCCUUCCAUGAUCUCUGGAGCUUACCCAGAGUGACCAUCAGGCACUUGGUCACCUCUCUUACCAAGGCUUUUCUCCCCCAAUUGCUCACUUUGGCCAGGCAGCCAUCUCCUGGCUAUUCCAAGCUUCUUCUAUGUAAAAAACAAAACAAAAUUGGAGACCGCUGUGCUACAGAAACCUUCAAUGCAGCUGAAUGUUUUGUUACUUUCCUCAGAUCUGUACAUAGACACAAUCCUGUAUCUGAGCUCUGUAGAUACUUCAUUUGACCUGAUGGCUUGUUUUUUUUCUCUGAUAUGCAUUUACAGUUGUGAGACCUGAUAUAGUCAGGUGUAUGCCUUUCCAAAUCAUGUCCAAUCAAUCGAAUUUGCCAUAGUAAUAAUAGUGUAGAAAUAUCUCAAAAAUGAUGCAGAGAAAUAGGAUGCAUCUGAGCUAUGUUUCACGUCUUAUAGCAAAGGGUCUGAAUAAGUAUGUCAAUGUGAUAUUUCAUUUUAUUUCUAAUAAAUGUGCAAAGUUUUAGAAAAAUUUUUUUUUGCCAGAGAGAGUUAUAAAUGUGUGUGUAAAUAACUCUUAUUAGGUGGUUAUGUCGCAUCCUCUCUAGAGCCUUUCUUUCUACGUUCAUUUAUUUUGUGCAGCAGUGAUACACUAUCAUUGACUAGGUCCUGUCUGCUUUUGGACUUCAGAAGUAAAGUUGUUUUUGAAGUUUUGUGGCUCGUUAAACAUUGAGUGCUUACAGUUUGCGCUCGUAUGCCCCUUGCCUUUAGAAUAAACCAAAUAGGACUUCUGGUUUUGAAUUUUGCUAAACAUGUGCAAGGGCUGUUCAAUAAAAUGAGGCCAGGUACAAAUAGUCAAACAAUGACUAUUAAUGGUUAAAUGAUACUGUUCAGGUUUUCCUAGAAAUAUAAACUGCAAGUUAUUCUUGUUACAAUGUGCAUUUCAGAGAAGGAGAUACAUCUCUUCAAGUACUCAUGUACGUACAUGUUACUAUUAAAGAAUAUAUAGUUUAACACAAAGGCCCAGCACGGCUAGAUAUGUCAAAAGAUUAAUUGAUUGUCACCCAAAGAAUAGCAACAUUUUGACAGAAACUGUGUCUUUAUCAGGAUUUAUCAAGGGUCCUUUGCACCAUUGGAUAUACUUGAAAACCUUUUGCAACGUUGGAGUUACUUGAAACCUUUUUUUUACAAUGUUCUUUUUUUCACCUUUCUAAUGCACUGCCAGGCAUUAUUUGGUAAGUCGAGCCCCCAAAAAUAAAAUAUAAUUUUUUUUAGAAUUCUUUAUUUUUGGUAUGUCAUUGCAAUACAGAGUCAUAAAGGGUUUUUCAUUACAUGUUAUUAGCUUUUCACAAUAAUAACAAAUCAUUUUCUAUUGCUCAGUAUUAUUAACCUUGUCACAAUGUGGUGUGUAGAUUGCUUGUUGAUGACAUAAAACUUUUUUCAUUUUAUUAUAACAAACAAACCGAGUAACCUUUGGCUUCUUUAUAAAAUCUUAACUGUCGUGGAGUGAGCCAUUUGUUUUGGACCUUUUCCUCUCUCGGCCAUAAAUGGACGGUCGUGGUCUCACCCCAUCGGCGGUGAUAGAUCUUAUUUAUUACUUACGAAAAGAAUAUUGUAAAAGGAGGAGGGGGGGGGAGUGAAAUAGGGAGUAGUCCCCCUCAUGGUAAAAAUCGGAGCUCUGAAGGAAGCUCAGCUAAGUUCUAUUUGUAUUCAUGGCGUGAGGGGCUUCCCCACCUAGUCUUAAUCUUAGUCCUCCCAGUCCCCUGCUGUCUACAAGUCCCAAACCUUAUCAAAUGAUUUCAUGGUGCCUCUCACCAGUGCCGUGAGGUAUUUUUUUGAAUUACCGUGUUUAUCUGGGGGAUUGCAGGUUUAAGCCACGCCUGUGCUAUGGUGAGCCGGGUGAUUUUGUGGAGGAGUUUUUGUUCCCCCCUUGACCAGUCUUCUAUUGACCUGGAAAGCAGGAACACCUAGGGAUCUAUUGUCACUUUUUUGUUCAAUACCUUAUCCAGAAGGUUCCCUACGUCUUUCCAAAAGGCCUGUUCUUUAGGGCAGUCCCACCACAUGUGUUUGUAUGUCCCUUUAUGUCCGCAUCCCCUCCAGCACAAAUCGUCUGGUGUUUUUCUCAUGUGGUACAGUUUAACGGGGGUGGUGUACCAUCUAAGCAUAGUUUUAUAGGCCUAUUCCUGAUGCAUAUUAAGGUGGCUUUGUUUGCUUCCCAUAUUUCCCUCCAUUCUGUGCCCUCAAGGAUUGUAUAGGUGGGGCAGGCCCAGUCCACCUCCAUCUUUGGGUCUGUACAUUAUGUUACGCGAUAUCCUGUGCCGUUUGUGUUGCCAGAUAAAUUCUGAUAAAGUCUGAUUUGGCAAUAGGUAUGGGCAGUGCUUGGAAAAGGAAGAGGAGUCUCGGAAGCACAUUCAUUUUUAUUGUAUGGACUCUUCCUAUCCAAGAUAUUGGUUUGUCUACCCAAUUGUCUAGGUCAGCGCUUAGGCUUCUUAGGAGGGUAGUGUAAUUGGCCUUAACCCCUUAAGAACCAAACUUCUGGAAUAAAAGGGAAUCAUGACAUGUCACACAUGUCAUGUGUCCUUAAGGGGUUAAACAGCUGUUUAGGGUCAGCAGUUAAGUGUACCCGUAGGUAUUUUAUAGAGUGUUGGGCUAUGGGUAUGUGGUAUUGGGUUUGUAUGUGUGUUGUAUCAGUCGUUGUCAUGGCUAUCGGGAGAGCAGUGGACUUAGACAGAUUGACCCUGUAGCCUGAUAGGGCACCGUAUUCCUUUAGCUAGGCCCUCAUUGAGUUCUCUGGAUCUGUAAGUGUGAGAAGGAUGUCAUCAGCGUUUCCAGAAAUUUUGUAUGUCUGGUCUCCCACUGAAAUUCCCCGUAUGGAUUGGUGUGAUCUUACUGCCUGCAUCAGGGGUUCCAGUGUGAGAACGAAUAAUAGGGGUGACAGUGGGCAGCCCUGUUGUGUGCCAUUGUGGAGGGUGAAAGGAGCGGUUAGGGCACCCGGGAUCCAAAUGUGUGCCUUAACGUCGGUGUACAUCGCUUGGAUCGUCUGAAUGUAUGUCUCAGGGAACCUGAGGUGACGUAGGAGUUCAAACAGAUAUGUCCAUUUCACCCUGUCAAAUGCCUUCUCGGCGUCAAGGGAUAGUACUAGUGUUGGGGUGUGUGCGGUCAUCUGUGUCCAGAUUAGGUCUAUGUUUCGUCUAGUGUUUUCGAAUAGUUGUCGUCCGGGGAUGAAGCCUACCUGGUCUACGUGGAUUAGCGUCUUUAGAUGUGGGAAUAGUCUUUCCGCUAGUAUCUUGGCCAGUAUUUUAAUGUCGUGAUUGUUUUAUUUAUUUUUUUAAUGGAUGAACAUUAAGGUUAUAGGUGAGAUGGGGAGGGCUGAAUUAAAGAGGGAGGCUGGGGAGGUUAAUGCUUCUCCUUUCGGAUGCUACCUUCAAGGGUAGACACUCUUUAUGUCUGUGCCAGCUGAUCACACUGUUUUUAUAAAAAAUAAUAAUUCAGUGAAUCCCUGUUGCAAAGUAAACUGUCUUUUAUACUCUUGAGUACUUAUCCUAUGUUGCCCUUUCUUGUGCUGAUGAAAUUCAGGAGCUAAAACUGCUUCUCCCAUGAAGAUUAAUGGGAACAUGUCUGUUAUAUGUGCAAGAUAUCACACAUACUCCUAUACAGUGCUUCCACGAUGCAGCUCAAUGACAGAUACUAAGUAGAUAUAUAUACUGGAUACCAGUGACUACCGUAUAUACUCGAGUAUAAGCCGAGUUUUUCGGCACAUUUUUUGUGCUGAAAAACCCCAACUCGGCUUAUACUCGAGUCAGUCUGUAUUAUGGCAAUUUAUAUUGCCAUAAUACAGACUGGGGGCUGGCAGAGCUGUUACUUACCUCUCCUGCAGCUCCUGUCAGCUCUCUCCUCCUCCGCGCCGGUCCGUGCAGCUCUUCUCUCAGCUCACACUGUAAGUCUCGCGAGAGCCGCACUAUGACCCCGCGGCUCUCGCGAGACUUACACUGGGAGCUGACCAAGGUGCUGCACGGACCGGAGCGGAGGAGGAGAGAGCUGACAGGAGCUGCAGGAGAGGUAAGUAACAGCUCUGCCAGUCCCCCUCUUCCCCCCACUGAACUGCCAAUGCCACUGGACCACCAGGGAAGGAGAGCCCCCCUCCCUGCCAUGUAUCAAGCAGGGAGGGGGGACAAAAAUAAAUAAAUAUAAUAAUAAAAUAUUAAAAAUAAUAAUAAAAUAAAAAAUAAUAAUAACAAAAUAUUAAUAAAACAAAAAAAUUAUUAAAAUAAUUAAAAAAAUAAUAAUAAAAAUGCCCACCCCCCACCAAGGCUCUGCAACACACACAAACACACACACAAACACACUGCACUCAUACACACACACUGCAUUCAUACACACACACUGCACUCACACACACACACUCCACUCACACACACACACUGCAUUCAUACACACACACUGCACUCAUACACACACACUGCAUUCAUACACAUACUGCACUCAUAUACACACUGCACUCAUACACACACACUGCACUCACACACACACACUGCAUUCAUACACACACUGCAUUCAUACACACACUGCACUCAUACACACACACUGCACUCAUACACACACACUGUACUCAUAUACACACACUGCACUCAUACACACACACUGCACUCAUACACACACUGCAUUCAUUAUAUACACACACUGUAAAUAAAUAUUCAAUUAAUAUAAUUUUUUUAGGAUCUAAUUUUAUUUAGAAAUUUACCAGUAGCUGCAUUUCCCACCCUAGUCUUAUACUCGAGUCAAUAAGUUUUCCAAGUUUUUUGGGGUAAAAUUAGGGGCCUCGGCUUAUAUUCGGGUCGGCUUAUACUCGAGUAUAUACGGUACCUUAAAGUAAAUUCAAGGUGAAUUAAAAUUUUAGCCCAAAAUAGCUGAAUAAGAAGUAUUGUCCAAAUCAGCUAUGUUUCACUUUGCUACGCAUAUCUGCCAACCUUCCCUGUAUACAUUCAGGGAUAGAGGUGGGCAGGGAAGAAAGCAGGCUGCACAGGGUCAAAGUGGCGGAACUGCUCAUCAAAGGGGUGGGCUCUAAAGAGGGUUGCCAGGCUUACUGACAGCCUGUCUCCUCAAGGAGGUCACACACGGACCGCUGCCGAAGUGUUCUGGGAUAGUGCUAGUGCCCAGUCCACUCCUGCAUUUAGAAGUCAACUGGUAUAUUUAAAAAGUAUGGGACUGUCCUGGCAAAUUCAUGACUGUUGGCGCCUAUGCUUUUUUGACCUAGAAUAGAACAUUCACUUCAAACACAUAUGAAUUCCCAACAACUGACACCUUGAACUGAUCACAACUGGUGAUGUAUAUGCAUUGCUUGUAGAGAUCAUUAUGCAUGCACAAGCAGUUGUACACUCAGUAAAGAAGCAUUAGACCAACAGAAAAUAAAGGAUGGACAGCAAGGGUCAUAUACAGCAAUUUUCUCCUACAUUUAUGUACUCAUAAGCUUGGGGGGAAAAAAAGUCUAGAAUACGCAUACAUGUUUUAAAUAAAAUACGUCCUAAAUCUCCUUUUAAAGUAUCAACUCCUGGAAUGCACAGCCAUCAUUUGGCUGAGGAUUGUUGUCAUGGUAAUGUAACCGAUGGAGAGUUACCUAUUGGCUAGGCCUAAUUUAGACAGAGGAGCAGUGAUGUGGAAAUUAUUACCCAUGCUUCCUCAAAAGCACAGAGAAAGAUAUCGUCAUCGUGGAGAGCACAGAUUUGAAGUGACUGUGCAGUAUAUAGAAUUCGUGUGGGUCUUAAUGUCUGAGAUGCAAUGAAUGUGGCUUUUGUUCUUUUCAAUGGCUCUCAGUUCAGGCUGUCUGAUGAAAUCGCCCUACUAUGGAAUGUUAUGAAUCAGUUACGAGUUUGUUUAUGGUGUAUAUAUGUGGUGGGAAAGGAAAAUCCCUACUCAUGGCCUUCUAAAAGAGCAAUUAACCCUUCUAAUUCAGAACUCCACAAAUCCUUCCUGGUGCUGUGAUUUUUUUUUUAUGUAAUAAUUUUAAUCCCACACAGACUGUAGAGCCUUGGGAGGUUUAUUUCCCACCCUGUCUGCUGCUGGCAAAGUAUUAAGAAAUUCUGGAACCUGAGCCAGUUCAUGCAUUUUUUGUCCUUAAAAGAAAUACAGUGUGUUUAAUCAAAUGUUCUAGAUCCUGAAUGUUUGCAAAGGUAGAUCCUCACCUGUUGUAGAAUUAACUAUUAAUAAUAAUAAGAAGAAGAAUGGUUGAACACCUCAGUGAUCAUGCUUCUUUUAAUAAAUUUAACACCAGCUUGUUUCCCCGGCAAUCAUAGUCCACCCACUCUUCAGCUGUAUUUAUAAUCUGUAAUCUACACCUUCACGUUACUAAGUACAAUAUCUGGUUAGCCAAAAAUGAAUAUCUAUGUAGAGAGGCUGUGGAAAGUUCAGGUGUUUGUCAAACUGUGCCAAAAAACAUGUUAGAGAGCUAGGAGUCUUUUUUGCCAACCCAUUCAAAAACAGUUUGACAGAAAACCUGUGGAAUUGACCCACAGAUCCAUAGACCCCUUAGACCAUCGGCAGAUGCAAGGGUGAGCAUCGGCACAGGUGCAAUCAUUUAUGCCUGUAUUAUAUUUUGCAUCUGUGCAGGCAGUAAGCAUAAAAAUGUUAUCAUAAGCAGCAACAUUUUCGUACGUCCUCUAUAAGCUUGUUAAUGGCAGCUAUAAAAUAAUGACUGACUGCUUGUCUUGUGAGGACCCGUACAAGCUCGGGAAGAUUCAUCUAUCUUUGGCAAGGGAGAUCCCAUCAUAAUGGAAUGUAGUAUGUAUUUGCACUUUAUGUUUUUGUGUAAAAAAUGUAUGUUUAUUUGUAUGCGCAAAUCUGUAAACAAUUGUGUAUAUUUUCACAAAUACUUAUAAGAGUGUAUGAGUUUGUGUAAGAAGGACGGUGUUUUUAUAUAUAAAGCUUAUGUAGAUACAUGUGUGCGCAAAGGAGGUUUGUGUAUGAGUUUGUAUUAUGGAGAGUGAUAGAAUUUGAGUAUAUGGCCUUCUGAAUUUAGGCUUUGACUUUGCUGUACACUCAUUGUAAAACAUUGGUCAAAUGACAGGAAAAUUUGGCUUUCCAUAAUGUACUGAGCAACCUGGUAGCCAAACCGACCAGCCACUUUUUUAUGAAAUAUAUGUGCUGAAAUAUUAGAAUGACCUUAUUUCACUUUUAUUAUUAUAAAUUAUAUUUUUAAAAAUCUGUGUGAUAAUCACAAUACAACUCUGCACCUGGAUUACUCAUAAUUCAAAUACAGAACUAAUUUAUAAAGUUUCCUAUCAUACCCUAUCUGCAUAUUUGCUCGUAUCUGUAAUUUACAAUGUAAACCUUUCUUAUGUGUGUAUUUUCCCGACCAAUCGUUCAUUUGUCAGCUAAAAGAUACUGAUCAUUGUCAGGAUUCUAUCGCUCAUGCUAUGCCAAAUGUUAGGACACAGCUGUAAAAAAAACAUUUUGGCAAGUAGACCUAUAUUGCCUUCUUGUUCUUCAUGAUAUACAGUGUUAAAAUUCCAUCUGUGGAAUCCCACUUAGUCCUUUAAGCAGCUAAUCGACAUUUAUAGAUGAAAGUCUCCAUUUCUAUUGUAUCACUCGGCAUGGCUUCUGAUUCAGAAUCGUUCUUCCAGUGUUCUCAUUGUCCAAUCUUUGGCGUCAUGUGUAGAAGCAGGCAGCAUUAAUUAUUGAAAGCAGAAUCACUGCAGACCUCAUGGAAUAUUAACUGGUUCUUUACUAUGUUUAUGUAUGGACACUGUAGCUGUCAGGUUCGCUAACUACACUUGAGAGACUCAGGAUAUGUCAUUGACUAGUAUGUUGUUUUUAAUUUAUAUAUUUAUUUAUCUAUUUUUGCAGGUCACGGCCAGAGGGUUUGGUCCAUUGCUGCAGUUUGCCUACACCGCUAAGCUGUUACUGAGUAGAGAAAACAUCCAAGAGGUAAUUCACUGUGCUGAAUUCCUUCGCAUGCACAACUUGGAAGACUCAUGCUUCAGUUUUCUUCAGACACAGCUACUCAACAACAGUGAAGAUGGCUUAUUUUUGUGCAAGAAAGAUACUUUGUGCCAGCGAAUGCGUAACGAGACUUUCGAUUGUGAAGAGGAAACAAUGGAUUCUGACACUUCCAAAACAUCCUGCUCAAAAGAACGAAUGCACCAGGAACCCUUUAGCUUUGGCUCAAGCGAGCUGGUGGCAGACCGAAAUGAAGUUAUUUUGACUAAUUCUGAUAUGCAGAGGAACGACAAAGAGAGUUUAGACAAGGAUCCUGUGAUCCGCUACCCAAAGUAUAAGAAGUACCAGCUGGCUUGUACCAAGAAUGUCUACAAUACGUCACCCAGUACCUCAGGUUUCAAAAGCACAUUCAACGAGCAGAGUUUGGAAACUGGCCUGAAUUCAGGGUUCCCCUUAAAUCAGAUCAAGAGUGAGCCUCGGGAUGAGGAUAAUGAUGAAGAAAGUGUAACCCUUUGCUUGUCUGGAGAUGAAGGAGACAUCAGGGAUAAAAAAGGGGAUGUUGAUAUGGUCAGGAAAGAACCCAGCCCAAUUAAUUUUGAUAACCCAAAAAGUGUUUCGUCCCCUUCAAGUUUAAGAACUUUUUUCAACAGAACAAAAGGGGGAGAGCUGGUUGACUUGCCUGUCACUUCCCAACAUCAGUUUGUCAGAAGUCCCUCAUGCCCUGUGGAAAAGGGAGCAACUCAGGGUGACCAUAAACCUGAUUACAGCCCUUUCACUGGGAAUUAUGAACUACCCUGUGAAUCUCAUAAAGAUUCCUCUAGUUUCCCUAUGGCAUCCCCUCUUCGGGGAUCUGGGUCAGAACUCACCUCUAAACAUGAGAUGGAACUGGACAGGCGAAGUGUCAUAUUCUCUUCAAGUGCUUGUGACCAAAUUAGCACUCCGGUGCAGUCGUAUUCUGGUGUCAACUGCUUGGACAAAGAGUUUUCUGAGCAUGUGCCAAAGGGUUUGUGGGCAGGAGCUAGCCAAUCUCUUCCAAGCUCACAUACCUUUUCCCACAGUGGACUUGUAACAGACCCCUUGCCAGGGAGGCUCCGGACUAACACUAGCUGCCCUGUGCCAAUUAAGGUUUGCCCCCGUUCUCCACCUUUGGAAACCAGAACACGAACAUCUAGCUCAUGCUCCUCUUACUCUUAUGCAGAAGAUGGCAGCGGUGGUUCUCCCUGUAGCCUUCCCCUCUGUGAGUUUUCAUCAUCUCCCUGUUCACAGGGUCCAAGAUUCCCACCCACUGAUCAUCAAGAAGCCUGUUCGAUAGCAGACUCCAUCUAUAACCAAGGCAGGCCGCAGAUUAAAUGUGAGCAGUCAUAUGGAACAAACUCUAGUGAUGAGUCUGGCUCAUUCUCUGAAGCAGACAGCGAGUCAUGCCCUGUGCAGGACAGGGGGCCAGAGGUAAUACAGAUAAGUACUAUAUGCACAUUUAUAAACACAUGUUGAUCAGUCUUGUUGACCCCUGUGCAGAAUUUACUGUCCUUCAUCCUGACCAAAAUAUUUGAGGAAACAAAGUCUAUCAUUUACAUUUAACAUUUUUGGAAUAGUGCCAAAAGGAACUUAAAAAAACCUACAAACCGCACAAAUAAAUGCAUUUAUUUGAAAAUAUACCCAUCAAUAAGUAAACGUUUUAACAAUGAUUUUCUAAUCAGUCACUGAAAAGCCUCUUAUGCAUCUGACCUCAUAUAUAGCCCUAAUCGAAGUUGCUUAAAAUUUCAACUGUGUAUGUCUGAGUCUCAGCAUUUUGGUCAACUUAACAGCAGAUCUGUUUUGAGUCCAUGCACCACCAUGUUAAUGCGACAUUAAAAAAACCUGAUAUGCCAGUUGCACUAUAAAGUGGAAACAUUUUAAUUCAUGCAAUCCCCAUUAGAAAAUCAACAGCAACUUUACUGGUGUAGCUCAUAGGGUGCCCAUAUACACCUCCCUUUCAGCACCAGACCUGUCAUAGUCUAACUGGGUUAUUUACUAAAGAAUACUGAAUGAGAAUUCAAUGUGUAUUUCAAUUUAAAUUCUAGCAGGGUCCCAUUUUGACCAAUUAGCCAAAGUCCGAGGGCCAUUCAGACUCCAAAAUCUGGUCAUUGUUGACGGAAUUCAACAAUUUGCGGAUAUUGAAACCCGGACAGAAUGCUGCAAAUCCGGGCUGGACUUUAAAAUCAAUGUUAACUAUUAACUAUUUUCCCGCUGGCAGGGCUCUCAGCUUCCAUGCCAGGUUUUUUGGCAUGUGGAGGUUUAAAGCCCCUGUAAGCUUUUUUUCAUAUUAAUUUAUUUUUAAAAAUUGUGUGUUGGCUGUCUUGCAAGUGUUUGUCAGCAAUCUCAUAAUUUACCCUUACAUUGCCCAUUGGCUGCUAGCAUGUCAUCCAAAUGUCCAGAUUUCUAUGGAACGGUGCUGAUUUUCAGGUCCUGCCCCACUGUCUUACCAUAGUUCACUGGUGUCCUACUUUUGGGGACACCAGAGAACUGUCCCCAACAAUCCUAGCAUUAGAUACGCUCUCGCUCUCUAGAAACAGAGAUCCCUGCAUGUACUGUCCUCAGUGGAAUGACCUGAGUGAUGGAUAGGUACUUCCUCCUAGGAAAAGGAAUGUCCAGUCAUCUGAGUUAGUUACAUUAUUGUGUUAGUGGCCCACCUUCUUUAUCUCCCUCUCACAGACGUCAAGAUUCUCAUGGCACUGGAGUUGAGAGAUAUGUGCUUUUGCUGUCAUUGGGCAAAUAGUACUUAAUAGUACUUAAAUUAUCAUUCACUUAAAAAAAGACAGUGAAUGAUAUUUUCCUAAUGUGCAUCGGAUGCAGUGGGUCUAUCUUCAGUUGCGAUUUGGUUGAUGCUAAAUAUCAAAUUCCAUCCGCGCUGGCUCCACCUCCUCCAGUGUUGGCAAUGCUGGGAGCUCUCUUAUGGGGAUUUGAAGAUGCUGGACGUCCUCAUGCAAAGAGUGAGGACACUCAGUGUCAUUUCAUGGAAUUAAACUCCGUGAAAGGCCAGGAAGCACCUCUACUGGAACACUGUCUUAACCCUGCCUUAAUAUAAACAUUACAAUUUCUCAGUUUCAUCAAUAAGAUGAAGUGGCCUGGGUGCCUAAAAUGUCCCUUUAAAGUAUUAUUAAUAUAAAUUAAAAAAGAUACCUUAAGUUUCUGCCGCUGCUAAUCGAUAAGCUAACUGCAGCAUCAGGCUGCCUUCUCAGAGAAUAGGAAGAUGCUCCACCAAUCAUAAGUCUCUUAUUCUAUAACCCCUAACUAUCUGGUGUUUGUUGGAUCUGUCUAGUGUCUAAGUUCUGUCCUGCUGUCCCAUGUUAGUUUUUGGUUAGUAUUGAUAUAAUUCUCAUAUUGGUACGAGCUGUUUUCCAGUAACAUUUUUUUUAGUUAUUAAAAUGCAGAAAUCCUAGACAGCCAAAAGCAUAAUUAUCACUUCCACCCCCAUAAAGGAAAGCUGCCAGGCUAAAACUCAAGUGAACAAACAGAGGACUACAAAUGUUCAGACUCUAAUUACUUGGGCUGCUAGAAGAGAUUUGGCUCACGUAAGGUUUUAUGUAUCAUUUAUUUAUUUAUUUAUUUAUUAACAGUCCAAGUCGCCAAUCUAUUAAUGCUUCUAUUUCCAUGCUAUUCUUUUGGGUUCAGUUCAAAAAAUGUCAAUUAUUUCAAGGAGAAAAUUCUACUGUCAAUUCCUUACUGUAGUCUUUUAUUAAAUAAGAUUUUUUUUAGCAAAAAACAAAAAAAAAAAAUGUAUAUAGUAAUAUAGCUGUCAUAGAAACAUAGAAUGUGAUGGUGGAUAAGAAACAUUUGGCCCAUCUAGUCUGCCCAAUUUUCUAAAUACUCUAAUUAGGUCCAUAGCCUUAUCCUAUAGCUAGGAUAGCCUUAUGCCUAUCCCACCCACGCAUGCUUAAACUCCUUCACUAUGUUAACCUCUACCACUUUAGCUGGAAGGCUAUUCCAUGUAUCCACUACCCUCUCAGUAAAGUAAUACUUCCUUGUGUUAUUUUUAAACCUUUAAACUUAUCAGCUGACUCACUUUCUCUUCUUUUAAGUAGUGUUAGGAUUUUAACAACCAUUGUGAUCCAAGUAGAUGAUGGUGAAGACUUAAACAACAAAAUGGGAUAAAUUACAUCCAUUUACCAUUUUGCUAAGUCUCCACAUUGACACUUUCCAUAAUUUUCAAAGGAACACUAUUUAUUUCAAACUUGUAUACCUGACACUAUAGUGCUGGUGUGGCUAUUUAGGUGUGUGUGUGUGUGUGUGUCCCCUCCCCCACCCCACCACAGCUAUACCCUUCCCCACUCCCCUUCUGUGCAGUGAAAAGGUUAUUCUACUCAUCUUUUUCACCAUGCACUGGUCCCCCUCGGAUGGCUCCACCUGGCUCCACCUCCAUGACUGAGAUCAUCAAUUUUUGAUUACUUAGCCAAUCCAAUGCUUCCCUGCUUGGUUAAUCAACAUCUCCUCAUAGAAAUGCAUUAAAUCAAUGCAUCUCUAUUGGGAAUGUUCAAUGCCUCCAUGCUCAGGAAGCACCUCUAGUGGCCGUCUACAGGUGUUACUAAGCAGCAAUGUAAACACUGCCUUUUCUCUGUGUUUAAGCAGUAGUAGUUCUAGGGACUAUAAUGUCCCAUUAAUAUUACGUUUAUUCCUAUGUUUAACAAAUGUGAGAAGUGAAGAAAGAAAUUAAAAUCGGAAAUCCACAGCUCUUUAUCCUGCAAAUGGGAACCUGUCCAUUUUAGCUCCCUGUCAGUCAUUGUUAUAAACUCCUGUCCUUUGCACCUGGCUCAUGUGUGAUAGUUUUGUACUGGCAUUGGCUCCUGGUGCUUCUGAAGAGGACCCUGAAAGAUAGCCAUGCCCGUGAGGGAUAGAUUCAGGUAAAUUAAUCUCACCUUUACCUGCGUGUCACAGUUGGGUGUCUGCGAAUUUUGCAAAGUCCCCAGUCGUUGACAGUGCUGCUUUAAUAUCAUUUCUAAGCUCACGUUAAAUACAAUGAUGCAUUGUUAGAUAGAAUGAAUGGUACAAGUGUAGUUUUUGUUACCCCCUCAAAACUCCAAAUUUGAGCAAAUUAAAUCUAACUCAAUUAUAGUAACAGUUUGCCCAUUUUAUCCUCAAUCUUUCCAUUCAGAUGUAGGCAUCAAUUUAAUAAGUUACAUAGUUACAUAGCUGAAAAGAGACAUGUGUCCAUCAAGUUAAGCCUUUUGAUUUUUGCUGUUAAUCCAAAAGAAGACAAAAAACCCAGUUUGAAGCGCUUCCAAUUUUGCAACAAACUAGAAACAAUAUUCCUUCUUGACUCCAGAUUGGCAUUCAGAUAUCUCCUUGGCUCAAGAAGCUAUUAACCUACUAAUUCAUUUUGCAAGUAUUUAUCCGAUAGCUGCUUAAACUAUAAACCCCUGAUAAAACCACCUCUUCGGGCAGAGAAUUCCAUAUCCUUAUAGUUCUAACUAUGAAAACCCUUUCCUUAGACUAAAUGUAUUUUCUUCCAGUCUAAAUGCAUGACCUUGUGUCCUAUUUUUGGUUAUUUUAAUAAAUAGAUUUCCAUACAAUGGUUUGUAUUGACACCAAAUAUAUUUGUAUAAUGCUCUUAUAUCCCCUCUGGAGCACUGUUUUUCCAAACUAAAGAGAUUUACAUUUGUUAACGUCUCUUCAUAACUUAAAUGCUCCAUUCUUUUUUAUCAAUUUUGUAGCCUGCCUCUGCACUUUUUCUAGUGCCAUAAUAUCAUUCUUUAGAACAGGUGCCCAAAAUUGCACAGCAUAUUCAAGAUGUGGUCUUACCACAAUUAGACAGUACUGCACUGAAUCCACAAGGCAUUUGGGUGCCUAACUAGACCAUGUGCCAGCAUCUGCCCAUUCGAAUAUAGUUGCCACUUUAAAUAAGGUGGUGCAUGCCCUCCAAUUAGGGCCGGCGCAUCCAUAACGUGGCACAAGCAGCCGCCUUAGGGCGCCAGAGCAGGGGGGUGCAAAAAUCAGAAUCCCCUGCCUCUGGCUAGAGACUCUGAUUUUUCAACUCACCUGUCUCAUUGCAGCCAGCACAGAGCAGCCAGGGAAGUUGGCCGGCCUCUCCCGAUGAUGUCAGGCGGAGGGGGCGUGACUUCCACUGCUCUUCUCCCAGACUCCCCAGUGUGCUGCCCCUCUAUAGCCCCCGUGUCUUGUCCCUGUCUACAGCCCCUGUGCAUCCCCCCUCUACAGCCCCUGUGUGUAUCCCCUUUGCAGCCUCUGCCCCCCCCAUAAACCUUGUCUACUCUUGUACAUCCCCUAUCCCCCACCACAGCCCCUGACCCCCUUCUAGAGCCACUGUGUCCCCAUCUACAGCCCCUUUCCACCAGGUCUAAAGUGGUCUCAGCCUCCAGUGCUUCAAGGCAAACUUAUUGAAACCAAAGGAACGCAACUUUCUGACCCACAGUUGAGUCUUUGUCAAGCUGGUGGUCUUACCAGUGAUUUAUAAAGAAAGGGACAUUGUAGGUACCCAGACCAUUUUAGCCAUGUCAGUUUGACCCUGCAAUGGAUCCUCUAUUGCACUUAGUGCUGCAAUGUAAAACAUUGCAGUUCCAGAGAACUGCAAUGUUUACAUUGCAGCUCUAAGCCUGCCCUCAGUGGCUGUCUACUGACAGCCACUGGUGGCGCUUCCAGAAUCUAAACAUACCUUUGGUCCAUUAUCUGGGGCUGGACAUCCUCAUGCUAAUGCGAGCGCGGCCAUUGCCACGCAUGUGCAUAUUAGGUCUCCCCCGCCAACAUUAAUGUGUGGGCGGAGCCUGACCCAGCACCGAGGGACAUCGGCGCUGGAUUCAAGUAAGUGGCUGAAGUUGUUUUAUCCUCUCCAGUCCCGCUGGGGGGUGAGCCCGAGGGAUUGGGGCACCUUUUAAACCUAUAGUGCCAGGAAAACAGCUUUGUUUUUCUGGCACUAUAGGAUCCCUUUAAUGCCCUUAGCAACUGCCUUAGCAACUGCUGAUUCACAUUGCAUAUUGUUGCCUAGUUUGUCUUUAUAUAUUAAAUAUAUUAAAUAUUAAAUUAUUUAAUAUUGUUAGAAAAACUUUCAAAAUGAUUUAUCAAUAACAUUUCCACAGUGACUUUAUUUUGUGUGAUCCACUUGACAAAUGAUUUACUUAAACACAGGAACAAGCAGUCAUACAGUGGCCGCUAUCAGUUACAUACAGCUUGUUUCAUUGAUCAGUGAUCUGGACUGUGGGCAGUGAUUGGCAAAACCAUGGAUUGUGCAUACAAAGCAAGCGCAUUGUCUCUCUCUAUUGAGGACUGAGAUUUCAGUCCAGGCUUGCAUGUGAUGUGCACACGCCACAUGUGCAGCUUCGACAAAAUCAACAACAGUACCAGUAUACCUGAUUAACACCGUCUUAUAUUUGUUGUCUUAUAUUUCUUAUAUUUCUUUCUAUAAGUUGCCAUAGUUAAAAUCCAUUCUCACUUAUGAGAGUUAACACUGGGUACUAGCUCCACCACCAAUUUUGCAAUAAUGCAAUAAGUCCUUAUAGUACGUACAGGGACCGUUCAGAGGAACACUAUAGCGUUAGGAAUACUAACAUUAAUUAUCAGGCACCCCCCACGGGGAAAAAAUUUUUUUUCUUACUCACCUCUUCUCUACUCUGGUCGUGGCGCUGAUUAGGCUGCUACACAUACAAUCUGCAUCUACAACAUACACACUCUCCAUCUACUACAUACAAUGCAUCCACUAUACACACUACACACACACCACAUCCACUUUACAUACACUGCUUCCACUACACAAAAACAUAGACUGCAUCCUUGUGAGCGGGCCCUGUGGGCAGGUUUAAGGUUGGGCCCUAUGGGCACCACCUUGAGCUGUGUCCGAGGCAUCAAAAUUUGCAGGCAUACAGGGAUAGUUUCUAUGGCCUAGAAACUAUUUCAUCUCAAUACAGUGGUCUGGGGGCAGUGGUCCUUUAGCUUUAACAGUGCUAUGGGAAACAGGUUUUUGGAAACGAUAUUGUUUAUAUUGCAGUGUUGGGUCCACCUCUUGUGGUUGCCACUAGAGGCGUUUCCCCAUCAUGCGACACAGAAUCAGGAAAGAGUUGAUUCAAUGCUUUUCUCUGGAGAAGCUUAAAUGUGCAUGCACCGCUCGCAACAUAUCAGGUCCCCAGUGCUUCUCUGUGAGGAGCAAUGGAUUGGUCAAUGUGGAGGAGGCCUUGCCUCGUCUGUGAUAUCACAGGAGGAGGAGAAGCAAGCAGCUCUGAGAGAGCCUAAGAGAGACCAUCAGCACUGGAAAAAGAUGAGUAACAAGUUUCUUAAUUUUAUCACAAAUCGAGAGGUUGAGUAUUUUAUCACAAUUUUAUCACAAAUCGAGAGGUUGAGAAAAAGAUGAGUAACAAGUUUCUUAAUUUUAUCACAAAUCGAGAGGUUGAGUAUUUUAUCACAAUUUUAUCACAAAUCGAGAGGUUGAGAAAAAGAUGAGUAACAAGUUUCUUAAUUUUAUCACAAAUCGAGAGGUUGAGUAUUUUAUCACAAUUUUAUCACAAAUCGAGAGGUUGAGAAAAAGAUGAGUAACAAGUUUCUUAAUUUUAUCACAAAUCGAGAGGUUGAGUAUUUUAGUAGGGACUAAAGCGUUAAGAAUAUUGGCUUGUAUACACAACGCUUUAGUGUUCCUUUAAGUUGUAAUUAUUCUAGUGCCUAUAGUGUCCCUUUACUGUGCUAUUUUGGAUUUACUUAAAGGACCACUAUAGUCACCCAGACCACUUCAGCUCAAAUGAGUUUGUUUUCCUGGCACUAUAGUGGUCCUUUAAUUCAUAGAAUUUUCAAAGCUGAUUUUCUGUAUUCAAAAUGGUACAUUUCAGCAUGUGGCAAUUCAAUUUUUAAUGCAGGAUGUCUGGUUACUUUUCUGCACAAGGUAGCAAUGUCAAAAAUAAUAUCACUUUUGUAUUAUUGCUUCAUGCCGCUCCUAAUGUUUGCUGGCCAGAGAAUGAGGAAACAAGGAAAACUCUUGCUGCCAAAAAUACUCCGAAUGACCUUUGGAUUUUAUGAAGUUUCCACAUCACAGUGCCUACUGCCUUAGGUUAUCAGUCACGUGUAACGUGUAGUGGUUUUUAUUUGGGUGCUUGAUUGCUGAUAGGGAACGACCGAGUCCUACUAGUAGAUAAGUACAAAGUCUAGCAGGAAUAGCUGUGUGAAUGGGGUCAUAGUGCACAGUAUUCACACAGCCGGUAUGAACGGCAGACAUGCAAGUUCAGCCCUCAUUGCCGACUGAUAGUACUCUGCAGAAUGAUUAAUCUUACAUCUGUCAAAAAAAACUAGGGUGAUAAUACACUCAACCCGAAGACAAAUUAUUAGAAUUAAUUCACGCAAAAUGGCCUUCUUUCCAUAGUUGAUCAAUAUGGCACAAUUGAAAUAUAUAUAAAAAAAAGCAACUGAAAAAGAGGACAAAAUUAUUGUUUUGUCAUUUAAAAGAACAAUAUAAUGUCAGGAAUGCAAACAUGUAUAGCCCUAUAGUGUUAUGCUAACUGUUUAGCUGACCAGCUCCCCCUCAGAUUGCAUUGAAAAGGUUAUUUACUUACCUUUUCUCCUUUGCUGCACUUGUCUCACAGCGGUUGAGCAUCGCCUCUGUGGCUAAGCCCAUCAGUUUUGAUCUCAGCCAAUCCAAUUCUUUCCUGUAGGAAAGCAUUGGGAGGCUGUUGUGUGGGAAAACGCCACACUGUGCCAAUCAGCUUCUCCUAAUAGAUAUGCUUUGAAUCAAUGCAUCUCUACGGAAAAUGUUCAGCAUGGAAACUCUUAACGUAGGUGCUUCACGCUUUGCAGCUUUUGUCUGUGGCACUGUCAGUAGUGGUGUUACUAGUGAACACUGUGUGUUCCCUGAAAAAAAAGUGUUUACAGUGAAAAGCCUGCAAGGACAGGCUAUAGACAGCAGAACCUCUUCAUUAAUCUGUAGUGGUUCUGGUGACUAUAAUGUCUUUUUAAGAACUAAAAGUGGCAACUCAAAUAUGAUGGGUGAAGCAAGGGAGUUGCACUGCUGGAUUCUGAGGCAUAUGUUAAAAAAGGGACACAUAAAUCCACACAUAUAUACACUUUUACAAACAUAUAUAUGAUGACAAAUACUUACACCCUGCACCCACCACUGACAAGUACUCGGUGGUGAUAUACAGCAUAUCACUAGUUGUGAAACAAUCCUUUUCCUAGAUGGAUCUAAAAGCUCUGCAGUAAAUUAAGUUCUAAAUAAACAGAGGACAAAUAUUAUUCUGAAGAUAUCCAUUAUACCCAUACUGUUUGUUCUUUGGUAGCAAUUCAACAGUAAAAAAAAAAUAAAGGUAAAGGCUAAUUUAUGAACUUGGUUUUAAAUUUUGUAUAACACCAUGGCAUUGCAUAGAAAUUCCUUUAAAAAAGUAGACAACCCAUUGCGAGAGAGUUUACGUAAUUAAUCAGCGUAUGUGUUAACCCAGUGGUCUAGGUUAGUUCUCAUGAAACCCAAAUAUUCUAAAAUGUUUAGAUGUUUCGAAUUGAGUCAUUUGUGGUUAACUUGAGAUAUUAACUAUCCUGCAUUAAAAAAAACACACACAAAAAACGUAGUUGUAAGGUGAGAGUAUCGUAAUAUCAGUAUAAGAGAUGCGGUAAGAUUGCAAGUCUGUAUGUUCCCCUGGGAAUUUUAUCACUCAACCUGGGACUGGGGUAAAAUCCCCCGAGGGUUAAACUCUUGAAGUUCCCAAUGAUUACUGUUGCAUUGAAACACAAAUAUAUCGAAGAACUGAGCCCUUCAAAUAAAAUACUAUAAUAAAACUAUAAAAAAAAAAAUGUAAAAAGGUAAAUUGUGGUCAACGGAAAUUUUAAUUUACAAAAUUAACUCCAAAAUAGAUGAAUUUGGAGAAUUCUACAAUUAUUAUUAUUAUUAUUUAUAAAGCACCAACAAAUUCCGCAGUGCUGUAUAAUUCCUCUAUAUUUUACUAUAUUACUAUAAAGUUCACUGUUUAGUGAAUAAAUCCCAUAUUGCUUUACAUGGUUGUAGGGGUAUGGUGUGAUCAAUUAUUUUCCAAAAUACACAGUGAGAAGUGGCAUGUGAUGUGACCCAUAAUCUUCCACUUAUUCCAUUGUGCUGCUUCCAAUGCAUGUUGAGCUGGCUAGUUUUAAAUAGGUCCAAGUCUCCAAUAAGGCUUGUGAACAACAGAAUUUGAUAGAAAUUGAAAAAAAAUAAUUUGUCCCUUUUUUUCCCAAUAGCAUUUCAUAAGGAAUUGCCCAGUCACUAAAUUUCAUGAUUCAUGUUGAAACUAUUGCAUUGUCUGCAGACGCCUCUCUGAUCAUUUCUUAAGACACUUUCCUGUGUUUUCUUGUGCCAUUCACAUUUUCUUUCUAUUAAAAAUGUAAAUACAGAAAUGGUAAUGCUGUAAUGUUUAGAAUGGCCCAUGCCUUUGUAAAAUGGACUUGUAUCUCCCACUAGUGGUAGAAAUGUAAUACUACAAUGUAGAUAAUGGCAUAAAAACAAAUUAAUCAAAGCUCCGAGCAAAUAACAAAUCUCUUUGAUGUCUUAAAGAAUUGAUGACAAACAUUAUCUGACAGUAUUUGUAUUCAUUCUGUUUUUGACCAUUUAUGAGGCCGGUUAUCAACAGAAUGAAUACAAAUACAAAUCAGAUAAUGUCCGUCACUGAAGUAAUGCUUCAGUGAAAUUGCUAUAUUACUAAUAUUAAAAUUCAGUUGAUUUCAUUAAAUUCAUGUAUUAGCUGUGUAAAGAUAAUGAUGUGAUAAUGUGAAUAAAAAGUAAAUAAAUUACAUGAUGUACCUCAAAAUAGCUGUGUGUGGUGCGUAGUGGACUAAACACCUUUCGUGUGCACAUGAAUCAUGAAAUUGUAUCUUACUUUACACAGUAACGUCACUUAUGUAUAGAGAAGGUGUGCGGCUUAGCUAGUUUGUAUACCGUAGCCUACUCUGCAAAGCUAUGCAAGUAUGGCAAGAAUAAUUUUGACAUCAAUCCACAUACACAAGUAGUGAUGUACUUAAAAUAUAUUUAAAAUUCUGGUUCUUGCUUACAAAUCUCUACAUAAUGCUGCUCCAACCUAUCUAUCCUCCCUAAUACACAAGUAUUCUAGGCCCCUGCGCUCUGCCUAACACCUACGUCUAUACGUCUAUCCUUUGCUCAUACUCCCAUGCUCAUCUUCAAGACUUCUCCAAGGCUUCACCAUUCCUGUGGAACUCUCUUCCCUUCUCUGUUAGACCCUCAGCCGGUCUCCACUCCUUCAAAAAAUAAUGAAUAACUCACAAAAGCGGAUCAAUUAAACUGUUAAUAGCUUCCCCUGCCCUACCCCCGCACUCUGAUUCCUCUCCUGCAAGUGUCCUUAAAAAACACACAAAGUCUUCAGUGAAUACUAUUCUACCAAUCUACUUUUCUACCCCUACCCUUACCUUUCUUUUCACUUUACUUAGCUCCCUCUAGAAUGUGAGCAGAGUCCUCAACCUCUCUGUUCCUGUGCGUCCAACUCGUCUGGUUACAUUUACAUGUUUGUUAGUCCACCCAUUGUGCAGCGCUGCAAAAUUUGUGGGGGGGGGGGGUUAAAUAAAUCAUGUCCAUUAAUGAUUGUAAUCUUUGCAAGGGGAUUUAUUUAAACUCCUUUAUUGUCGCAAUAGUAAGCAAACAUUCUUCCUACCUAUUUUUAAUUGAAAGUAUUAAAAUUAUUUAUUUAAAUGGUAACUUGUGUGUAGAGUGGCUUUGUUAAAAUCAUCAGGAACAAAUUAAGAGCCUGUUAUGUAACAUCUCACAAAACACAUAGUGUACAAAAUGUAUAUUUAACUGUUUUCAUUGGAUUGUUGCUUGUCUCCAGUGAGCGCCAGGCAAGACUAGUUUAACCUGAUGUAAAGGGACAUUAUAGUCACCAAAACAACUUUAGCUUAAUUAAGCAGUUUUGUUGUAUAGUCUCACUGCUCAAUUUUCUGCCAUUUAGGAGUUAAAUUACUUUGUUUAUGUAGCCCUAGGCACACCUCCCUGCACAUGACUUAUACAACCUUCCUAAACAUAUCCUGUAAAGAGUCAUCUAAUGUUUGUAAUACCUUUAUUGCAAAUUCUGUUUUAUUUAGAAUUUCCUAUCUCCUGCUCUGUUAAUAGCUUGUUAGACCCUGCAGGAGCCUCCUGUGUGUAAUUAAAGUUAAAACUACAGAGCAGAAGAUAAAGAAGUAAGAAGUAAGUUACAUCUGAUUGAAAAUAAAACCAUUUUUCUUUCAUGCAGGCUGUGCUAGUCACAGUAAGGGGAGGUGUGGAUAAGACUGCAUUAAAAUAAACAAAAGUAAUUUAACUCCUAAAUGGCAGAAAAUUGGGCAGUGAGAAUUAAGAGAAAAUUAACAAAUAAAGUAAACAGAGUGCAGGUCAGGAGUCCGGAUACAAGUCAAGGGCUCGUGAGCUGCACCACUGUAAUCACUUAAUAGGGAGCUCCUAUAAUGGGGUAACCCUCCAAAAUAUGCGGGAAAUUGGAGAAAGUGAUGUAUAGAGUCCCACAAGGGGAAACUAACAUCUAGAGAGCUCCACUGUAUAAAAAAUGAGGAAGGGAGGCCCUACUUUUAAUCAAUCUAAGGAUAAAAAGGGAUAUGCAAACAAAAAGUAUAACUUGAUAAAAGGGAGAUCUACUAAACAGUGCCCAGGGGAACCAUUAUCUGGAGUACUAAAUAACAUCUAAGUACCAGUUCCCCUAGUGUCCGACUGACGGGAAGGUAGUGUAAACGAGGUUAGGGAGAGAGAAUAGGGUCCACAGAGAACUAGGGACCAGGUAAUCUAAACGCAGAUGAAAAGCCUCAAGGAAUAAAACAUCUCCCAAUUCACCCUAAGAGUUACCUCGACACUGUGGUCUGACCACUAGUGUCUACCUGAACCAACUCUCCCUACUAAAGUUAUAAAGAAAUAAACACCUUAAAAUCAAUAACCAUAGUGGUAACAAAAAUAAAAAAAUGCUUACAAACUCUUAUCACAAUGGUACAAAACCCCAACACGUCUUCAUAAGAUAUUUCCCAAUGUCCCAUCCAUAUGCUGGAGGUGUGGAGAGGAGGAAGGUACCCUCAGCCACAUUUGGUGGAACUGCUCAAUCAUACAGCCGUUCUGGUCCCAAAUCAGCACAAAAAUCACUGAGAUCCUCCGAGAACCGUUCCCCCUCAACAUGGAACAAUACUUACUACACUCGACCCCACAACCAAUCUCACAAUACAAAAAAUCCAUAUUGCGACAUAUGCUGGAUGCAGCUAAAGCACUCAUACCCGCGAUGUGGAAACAGACACAGCCACCAACGCUAACCCAAUGGUACGACAGAGUUGAGGAGAUCCGCUCCGCAGAAAAGAUGAGGGCGUCUCUCAUGGGACAAAGUGAAAAAUACGUGGAACGAUGGGGGCCGUGGGUGGGGCAUGUUGCCGAGAGACGGGAGACCGGGGGUGCGGGCGGCCACGCCGGCGGAGCGGGGGCAGGGGUGAGGUAGGGGCCGCGCACGCCUGCCACAAGACGGAACACCCACAAGGAAAACCACCACAUGACCGACCAGACACAGGGGACCAAGCCCACUAACCGGCAUACAGGACCCGACCACUUGGGGAGGAUUAAGGGAAUCGAUCAACAUGAAUAUACACACAAGCCACCUCUAGAACAUACUAAAACAAACAGACGUUCAUGGGUGACAACGCGGCGCACGUACCAUACCCUAAGGUUAAAAAAAAGACCCCAACGACCGGGUCACGGUGUGCCAACAGCCUGGACAAGGGGAACACACACAAGAAGAUAUACUUACCCUGACUCUAGUAGCUUCACCACACAUGACAUGCCACAUCAAAGAAACUGCCAGGGUCAAAGCAGAACGUUACCCUCACAUGUUACCCGAUAACCACACAGGGAAGCUAAGUCAAUACACCCCACAAACGAAGGGACACGGUCCUCCCCCAACCACACGGACACACACACACACGCCGACAUCUAACGGCUUAGGGUACCCACACGCUACUACACUCACCACCUGAACUCCGGCAAGCGACUGCAGACAGAAUUAGGGACCGCCUGACGGCCGUAAUCCCGCAACUCAGACAUGUUACACGACAAACUGACAUUACUUUAUCGGAACACAAUGUUUUGUGCUCCUCUAUCUGUCCACUCGAUACUAGUUUUCUUUUGAUAGUUUACGUUUUCAAGUUAUGAGCCAUCUGACUAGGAUACCUAGGGACCUUCGUAUCUUAUUUUAUGCCUUGCUCAUGAGAAUCUAGGCACCUCACAAGACCUAAUAAUGUAAAGCAGGUCGAAAACCUACGAGUUCCCACCAAUCUAUUCACAUGUUAUGCAAUAAAAACUGUAACAAAUUAUCAAUAUAAAUAAAAAAAAGAAAAAAAAAAAAAAAAGAAAAAGAGUGCAACACAUGGGACAAAGGUACUCAUUAUUAGCUGUUUGGAAUGCGUGGGACCUGCGAGUCCGCAUCGUUCAUUGGGGCCUGCGAGCCCAAAAGCAAAUACUUUAUGUUGUUGUUUCCAGGGACCUGCGAGUCCCAUCCCCCCACCCCUUGCCUAUUUUUGUUGAAAAUACGUUGCAAAUACAUUAAUAAAAAUCAUAUUUAAAAAAAAAAUGCUACUAAGUGCAGUGAUUAAAGAGAAAGAAAACGCUCAACGCGCGUUUCGGCGUGUUCAAGAGGCAUGAGCUAUACACAAAAACUGCUUCAUUAAGCUAUAGUUGUUUUGAUGUGUCCCUUUAACUCUUAAACACCCUAAAAGGAUAAUCUAAUGAUGUUAUAAUUGUUUAGGAGACCACAUUUUCAAUGUGCAUUCUCAGCUACAAGUGUAAUGUCAGUGUUAUUAUCUAAUAUUCUUGCAGGGUUAUUCACUGUCAAGGUUAUUGACUAAAUAACCUUUAUCCAGAUGGACAACAUCCAGUGAAAAUGUCCAAAUUUUAACCACAAUGGCAAUUAUUAUCUAGCAGAAUGCACAUUUGCAGUGUUCCGUUCACUUGCUAGAAUGCAAUUUUAAGUAUAAUUUGCCGCUGGCCGUGCAAGCAGCUAGCAAGAAAAUGGUUAAACAACAUUUAGCAUUUCAAGGGUUAAUUAUGUGGAGGCUGCUUGCCACAUUAAAGCAGCACUGCCACCCCUUUCCCCCCUGCAAAGUGUCUAUAUCGAUAAAAAGUGUCAUGUCGUUAAAAAAAAAAGUGAAAUUCUGGUAUUGUCUUUGUUUCAGUGAAAUUCCAACCCAGUCAAAAGAUGUACUAAGACAAAGUAGAGACUGGACCCUCCAUAGACCUCAAUGCUGUAAAGCAUUGAAGUCGGCUUCUGGCACUGAAGUGCCAGGAGCAGAAGAGGACCAUCCAGAAGAAGAUGGCGGCGGCGCCGCCUUUGCCUGCCUUUCCCUGGCUACUGGACCCCCAGUGGCAAAGUCACCAUUGGAGGUCUUUUGCAAAUUAUGCCACUUUAAAAAAAGGAAAUAAUAAUAAUGUAGCAGGUGGGGGCAUACCUACCUAACAUGGAUUAUGGCCUUUUCUAGCACGUGCAGCAAUGGGUACCCAGUCGCUAAGUCUAAAUGUUUAGCAUAUAAGCAUGGCAGAUGGAGGCAUAGACAGAUUUUAAACCUGCUUUAUAGUAAUAUCGGGGUCUUAUUGACUGCAAUAGGCUUUUUAAUUAUUUAUUAUAAUUAUUUCAUGUGGUGGCUGACUAGCAAGUGCUGGCUAGUUGCCAUAUAAUUAACCCUGGCACUGCCAAAGCUUUUUAACUGUUUAAAUCUGAACCCAGAUUUUAAGCAUUUUGUCCAGAUUUCAGCUGUUUGGCGGCAUUCGAUCCGGCUGAAACCAGAAUUAAAUUCAGGCCCGUUUGGGGCUUGUAUUGCAAAAUCCAUACAUUGUUAAAAAGUGUGAAUAAUGUCCAGAUCUUGCAGUCAAAAUGACCCCGUAUGCAGCCAGAUGAUAUUGCCCCAUUAAUUAAGGGGGCCAUUCGUCCUUUGGUGAAUAACCUCAGGUAGGUUGGUGGGAAUUCAGACUGCAUUAAGAGUAUUAAAUGUGAAUUUCAAUAAUUUCAAUAACUAAAUUAGAAAAUUUCUCCAAAUCAGUUUCGGUUCUGCAAUUCUUGGUUAUAAUUUUAAAUUUACUUUGAAUUGCUGACAAUUCACGCUGCAGACCUGUAAGUGACAUUUAACUAGGUCAGAAUUUUUAUUAACUGGUUAGGUCAGUGUUGCAUUCCACUAUAUUUGCUCUUAUUUGUUUCUGUAAUUAGUAUGCUGAGAUUGUUGCACUUAGUUUGUUUAUGUUAUAAUUCUGAACUAUUAUCACUCUGUGCCAGCAGGUCCCACCUAAUGAUCUUCCUUUACAUGACAGGCGCACAGUCGGAUUUGCCGGCAUAUGCGCUAACCUUACCCAAACCCCAAUUAAAACACGGACACAGGUUAUACUGUUGGAAAUAAUUAGUCCACAGCAGGGCCGCCAUCAGGGGGUGACAACCGUGACUGUUGUCACGGGCCCGGCGGCCCUGGGGGGCCCGGACUGCUCUGGCAGUCCUGGGCUCCACUUUCCCUCUCUGCACACAUAGAUAGCGCAUAUCGCUAUCUAUGUGUGCAGCCGCGGGCCCCCCGGCUCCCUGUUACCGCAGAAGGGGGCCCAGGCAGCACACAGCUUCUCCUCCUCUCUUCUCAUAACUCUCGCGAGACCCGCGGAGCGUUGCCAUGGUAACCGGGUCUCGCGAGAGUUAUGAGAAGAGAGGAGGAGAAGCUGUGUGCUGCCUGGGCCCACUUCUGCGGUAACAGGGAGCCGGGGGGCCCCCCACCGGACCACCAGGGAUGGAAUCUCCCCCCUCCAUGGACACAGGUAAGCAGGGAGGGGGGAGAAACAUUUAAUUAAAUUAAUAGAAAAUUAAUGUUAAAAUGCCCCUUCCUCCCCCUCACCCCAGAUCACACACUAACAAAACACACUGCAUAAAAUAACACACACAUACACUGCAUACACUAACACACACAUACACUACAUACACUAACACACACAUACACUACAUACACUAACACACACACACUGCAUACACUAACACAACACACACAUUGCAUACAAUAACACACACAUACACUGCAUACACUAACACACACAUACACUACAUACACUAACACACACAUACACUGCAUACACUAACACAUACACUGCAUACACUAACACACACACUGCAUACACUAACACACACAUACACUGCAUACAAUAACACAACACACACACUGCAUACACUAACACACACAUACACUGCAUACACUAACACACACAUACACUACAUACACUAACACACACACUGCAUACACUAACACAACACACACACUGCAUACAAUAACACACACAUACACUGCAUACACUAACACACACAUACACUACAUACACUAACACACACAUACACUGCAUACACUAACAAAUACACUGCAUACACUAUCACACACACUGCAAACACUAACACACACAUACACUGCAUACAAUAACACAACACACACACUGCAUACACUAACACACACAUACACUGCAUACACUAACACACACUGCAUACACUAACACAACACACACACUGCAUACAAUAACACACACAUACACUAACACACACAUACACUGCAUACACUAACACAACACACACUGCAUACACUAACACACACAUACACUGCAUUCACUAACACAACACACACACUGAAUACACUAACACACACUGCAUACAAUAACACAACACACACACUGCAUACAAUAACACAACUCACACACUGCAUACAAUAACACACACAUACACUGCAUUCACUAACACAACACACACACACUGCAUACACUAACACAACACAUACACUAACACAACACACACACUGCAUACACUAACACACACACACUGCAUACACUAACACAACACACUGCAUACACUAACACAACACACUGCAUACACUAACACACACACACUGCAUACACUAACACACACACUGCAUACACUAACGCAACACACACUGCAUCCGCUACACUAACACACACACUGCAUCCGCUACACUAACACACACUCUGCAUCCGCUACACUAACACACACUCUGCAUCCGCUACACACUAACACACUCUCUGCAUUCACUACACAUUAACACUGCAUUCACUACACUAACACACACUCUGCAUCCGCUACAUACUAACACACUCUCUGCAUCCGCUACAUACUAACACACUCUCUGCAUUCACUACAAAUUUACACACACUAUGCAUUCACUGCACUAACACACACACUACAUUCAUUACACUGACGCACUCUGCAUUCACUACACACUAACAUACACUCUGCAUUCAUUACACACUAACACACACUCUGCAUUCACUAAACUAUGCACACACUCUGGAUUCACUAUACUGACACACACUCUGCAUUCACUACACUAACAUACACUCUGCAUUAACUGUACACACAGCAUCCACUACACAAACAUCCUGUAUUCACAGUACACACACUACAUCCACCACAAAUUGAAACACUCUGCAUUCACUAUACACAGACACUGCGUCUAAUACACACACUACAGACACUGCAUCCACUAAACACAUUUCAUCUAGUACAUACAAACACUACAUCCACUACACAAACACACACUACAUCCACUACUCAAAAACACUCUGCGUUCACUAUACACACUGCAUCCGCUACACAAACACACACUCUGCAUUCAUUGCACAAAUAGUAUCUAAUACACACAAACACUACAUCCAUUACAAACAUUCUAAUUCACUUCCACUAUACACACACCACAUUCAGUCCUGCAUCAUUGUGAGCAGACUAGGUAGGGCGUGGGCGGGCCCGCGAGGAGGGUGGGGGGGCCCAGACCUUGUGCUUUGUCAUGGGCCCCAAAUUUUCUGAUAGCGGCCCUGGUCCACAGCUUUAUUAAAUUAUUCAUAAAAUAAUUAAGGAAUAACAAAUGAGGUAAUUGCCAACAAAUCUUAUUAAAGUUAACAUCCCCCAUAUACAUAACAUACCCCUAGCAAUGACCCCACAAUAAUAACAAUAGAUAACAAUCUAAAUAACAUGUUAAUACAGAAACUGGCCGCCCAAUAUGACCACAUUUCCACCAGGUUAAAUUGUAGGGGUACCGAGACACCGCUACCCACCAUAUCGAUUGUAGGGGUGUACCAAGACACCGCUACCCACCAUCUCCAUUGUAGGGGUGUAGCAAGACCCUGCUACCCACCAGUUCCAGUGUAGGGUGUACCAAGAAACCACCACACCCCCAGGUUCGGAGCCACCGACGGGCUCGAACCUACCUACCACGUGCAACACUGCCCAAUCCACACUAAACCUCAGGAUGCCCACUUUCUCCUCCAUCUACCCUCCGAUUUAACCAGGCCAUUCCCCGCCGCUGUGAAAAAACGGCAAAUCAACUAACCUAACCAAAUACAGGGAGGGUGGGAGGGACAACUGACAGGUAAGCUUAGGUUCAGUUAAAAUGGCCACUUUAUAUAAUGGCUGGGAUAAAUACUCCUCUUAUGGCUCCGUCCUACCCAGCAUGCUAGCUGUCACUAACUUCCUGUGGCUGCUAUGCCUACCUCCUGGCUCUGUCAAGACCUAUUCCUCUUAGCUGCGCUGAUCCAUGGGCUACAGAGUUGAUAGUGGCUCGUGAGGUUACUCAGAAAUCAGCCAUGGUAUCAUACAGACCAAUACAAACAAUUAAUGCAUUAGCAGUGUGUUUAGAAAACCCUAUUCAUCAUCUUCUUUCUGUUAUUUAGGUCAAACUGCCCUUUCCCAUUGAUCAAAUCACAGAUCUUCCACGGAAUGAUUUCCAGAUGAUGAUAAAAAUGCACAAGCUAACCUCAGAGCAGUUGGAGUUUAUUCAUGAUGUGCGCCGUCGAAGCAAAAAUAGAAUUGCCGCCCAACGCUGCAGAAAACGGAAACUCGACUGCAUUCAGAACUUAGAGUGUGAAAUCCAUAAAUUAGUAAGUAACAGUAAGAAGCACACAAUGUUGAUGGAACAACAUUUCAUAUAAUAUUGUAAAGCGCUGUGGAAUUAGUUAGCGCUAUAUAAAUACCAAUAAUAAAAAUAAUAAUAGUUAAUGCAUUUGGUCUUUUGAGCUUUUUAAGCACUCAACAAUUUUAGGACAUUCCACUCGGUUGUCUACUGAGAGUGCUUUACUGCCCCAGAGUGGUGAUCUCCUACUAAAAGCAUCUGUCAGUCUGGGGCAGAUAUGCAGCACUAAAAGUGAGUGAUGCAUACAGCCUUAUAAAUGUGAAGACCUCUGUAUCAAUUGAAACCUGGGUCACCACUCUGUCAGUGGCCCUAGACUGACAGAUGAGCUGAAAGUGUGCGCUCCAUAUAAAUGUGAAUAUAAAUCCCUGGCUAAAAAAGUCUGAUGUGAGCAAGGCUAAAUAAGUGUUCAAACUGAUAUCAGGAGAAGAUGUCCCUUGUUAGGUUAAAGUAAGGGUUAAUGUUGUUUUAGAUUUAGGAAUAGUGUAGGGUUACAUUUAGAAGUAAGGUUAAGAUAGGUUUACAGUUAGAGUUAGUCUGAACACAGGGUUAGGGGUAGGAUUGGUAUAGAAUUGGGUUUGUAUGGGGUUAACAUCAACUACCAAAUAUUUAUUUAGAUUUGAAAAAUCUCUAGUUACACUUGAUGUGUAUUUCACAUUAGUAACCCCAUCAAAGAGAAAUAACUAGCAUCUGAUGAAGAUCUGUGCUUUAAAGGGACCUGCAGGCUUUUCAGUGUAAAAUCUGCUUUUUCAUAGAAAAGGCAGUGUUUAGAUUGGUGCCCAGUCACACCUCUAGCGACAGUCACUCAGAGGUGCUCUGCAUGGAGACGCUGAACGUUCAACAUAGAGAUGCAUUAAUUCAAUGCAUCUAUAUGAGAAGCAACUGAUUGACGCUGUGCAACAUUUUACUGCGUAUGCACAAUAGCUUCCCAAAGCUUUGCUAUGGGAAAUCAUUGGAUUGGCUGAGAUAAUCAAGAUUGAUAAUUGAGGAUCAAACAGUCGUACCAAGUAUGAUCAAGACCAAGGUAGCUAAGAUAACCCAAGGCAUUAUUUUUGUAGACACUGAGGAAAGAAGCUAUUCUUUUGAUGGUGAUAGGUUCAUGUUAGAGUAAACAGUUAAAAGGAUUUGUUUUUAUUUUAUCAUUAUUGAUUCUUGUCAUUCUUAGGUAUGCGAAAAAGAAAAGUUAUUAACCGAGAGAAAUCAGUUGAAGGCAUGCAUGGGAGAGCUACUGGACAAUUUCUCCUGUCUUUCCCAGGAAGUCUGUAGGGACAUCCAAAGUCCUGAGCAGAUACAAGCCCUGCACAGAUAUUGCCCUGUCCUAAGACCCUUGGAUCUACCCACAGCUGCCACGUUCAACCCAUUACCAGCACGAGGAGAACUAAACCUUGUCUCAGCUCAGGAUGUCGGGGAAAACAUGCAGUGCUGCAAUGAGGAAGGCUCCGUACAACUUGGAGCUCACUCACUUCCUAACAAUAUACCAGAAAAUUGUAUGACAAGAAGAGGACAAGAAGGAUCAGAUCAUGGUACUUACACAGAGAGAGGGGCAUGCGUAGAGCAAAACAACCAAACGGUUACAGUAGACUUCUGCCAGGAAAUGACUGAAAAAUGUACAACGGAUGAACAGCCGCGGAAAGACUUUACCUAGUGAACAUCUGGCAUGAAAUACAUGGUCGUUCAGAAGUCAUUUAAACAGCCCUUGGCUGUUACUGUCUCCAGGAAACCUUAUUGGUGCACACUACAGCAGUCUUAGCAGCAAUACUGUUUUAUAAGGAUUUCCCUACUCUCUGAAAACAGGAGUUCUUUUCACGAUGGUGCUAUGCCUUGCUCAGGCAGGGAACUAAACAGAGGCAACACGGUCCUCUUUGUGGGUUUUUUCUUUAAUUUCUUAAUGUAUUCUAACUUCAGAUCUUAACAGGGAUGGAAGGAACACCUCUGAGGAUCCAACUGCAGCUUUUUAUUCUCAGUGACCCACGUCACAAAACCCUAUCUCAGGAAUAUCCUCUGAAUGUUCAUAUUAUUUUUUCUUUCUUCAUUGAAGACCGUUCAUAUAUAAAUCAAGGUUUUAUAAGUAAACUGUAAAUAAGUUGCAAAACCCAUAUGCAAAAAGUCCAUGCACCCUGAUCGAUUUACCCUCGCACCACCAUAAAACUGGAAAUUGCCCCAUUGCUAUUGGACAAGAAAAGAUCCAACAUUCCUAAUUGUGUCACUAACACCACAACCUAUGCUCAGUAUUCUUCACCAUUCUGCAAUAUUAUUCGGCUCUUAGAUACUGUGCCAGAGGUUUAAUGGUACCCCCUUCUGUCUAUAGCGUAAUCACGUGAAUCCACCAAUGUUUGUUUGCAGGUAUUUUUCUCUUGCCGAUACUGUACAGUAUGUCAUACUUUGCCACUUGCACUGACUUUGGUUGUUGUGUGUUAUUGUUAACAAGGUUACAUAUGCAUUAUCUGCUUUGUAAAAGAAGGAAAAAAAAUGCAAAUACUCAGGAGAAUAUGAUAUAGGAACAUUAACGUUGCCAAAUAUUACAUGUACCACAUAGUAUAAAAUUGGAGCUUUUUUUUUUUUUAAUUAAUUUCUCUACUUUUUUUUAAUUUUAGAUUAUAGCCAUUCCCCCAUUAACUUAAUACUGGUUCCUUAAAAAAAACAUAAAACAAAGCAGUAUUUGUUGUAAUUUAUUCUUGUACAUGGAAAAAAGCAAACCAUGAUAAACUAAACCUGCUUCCGUUUUGGUUUCUAUAACAAAGAUAGAAUGCUGGUGUUUUAAGGGUGCUUGGUGUUCACCCAUAUGCUGAAUGUGCAACAUGGAUUUUUUUCUGGUAGCUAACAGAAGGUGGGAGGAACUGGGUUACCGUCCCCUGGAAAUGGCCAUAGAACACCUUGGUGAUCUAACCCUCUUCAACUGUUUCCUCCAGAAAUGUAAGCACUUCUGUGCAAAUAGGGGUCAGCCCUGGUCCAUAUUAACCAAUGAAAAUCAGUUACCUCAUAUCACAAACGCUGAAAGUCUGUUUAACUCUUGCGUCUGCAAUAUUUUUGCUUAGCUAAAAGGAAAAAAAUUGCUUUUUACGGUGUUUUAAUUAUUUUUUUUCUUUAUUGGCAUGUGAAGGAGGAGUUCUGUGACUUCUAAUCCAAGACUUGUCUCUCAGCUGGUCUGGUUCCUUGGUCAAACAGUCUUCUCCAGUGGUGGGAUCCCAUGCAGUUUCACUGCUGUGUUACCUUACUCAAAAGAGUAAAAAGAAACAGAAAAAAGGGGUCAUCCAUGGAUGUUAUGAUUCCUGUUAUAAUGACCUUAUUUAAAAAAAAAAAAAAAUACAUAUAUGGCUUUGGUUUUUGAUGUUGCCUUGUGAUUGUGAAGCUAAAAUGCUCUGAUCUGCAGGACAAAGAAUCGUUUUUUGUCCACAUAACACAAAUCAGAGCUGCAUAUGGAUGUUUUUUUGCACUGCAAAUUAAAAACAACUUCUCAGUCAAUUUAAGCUUAACGGUAGAUAGUCUAUUCCCCAUUCACUUAUAUUUUAAAGUCUGAACCAUAAAUUGACUACGUCAGAAUUGUUUUGGUUUUUUUUGUAGGUAGAACCUAUUCAAACUUAGAAUGCUAGGGCAGUGGCAAGUGUAGGUUGUCUAAGCGUCAUGGAUAAAUCUGGACAGAUGUUAACAAAGCCUAGUCACUCUCUCCAAAUAUGUCCAGAUCUUGUAUAGACAUUGUUUUGUGUCAUUAAAAAUCUUCCAGUUUUGUUCCUGACAGGUCAAAAUCCAUUUGUACAAUGUUUGAAAAUUCCGUGAUAUUUGAGCCAGCGCAUUUCACCUUUAAACCACUAUAAUGAAAUUAAAAAUAUUAUGAAGUCUCAGCAUUGUAAAUAUGGCUCCAGUUUGCAAGUAGUUACAUUUUAUAUGUAAUGAUCAUACAGAGCACGUUACUUGUCAAGUGUAAGAUCUGGUGGCAACAAGUAAUUAUUUAAAAGUCUAUAAUGUGUGGUGCCGCUCGCAAUGUAGGCAUUCAGUGCAGUGUUUUGUGCAUUUCAUGACCAUAUUUGAAAUACUGGUAAAGAAAAACUACUUUGGACACAAUUACUGUUUGUGAUACCAUAGUAACACUCCACAUAAUUAUUCGCUAAACUGGGAAUAUGUGGCGAAUUUCAAGGUAGUUUCAAAAUUUUAGAAUAUAAUAGCCACAUAUAAAAAAUACUCAACUCCCCCACUUCUCCAAGUUGCAUAUUUUGUCCUUAAAUUUGCCUUGCAAUUCUCCACAAAUUCCUGUUUUAAGGAAUAACCCAGCCAAUCCAAUUGGAUGUAGAUUGCAGAGUUAUCAGUGUAUUUUGGAAUUUCUCCUGCUUUUACACUAAGCAGGCCCAGUUUCUCACAGAUGAUGAAUUUUCCCAUAAUUUUUGAGUGUCCGACAAGGCUGUUGGUUAAACCAAUUUGGCUACCUUCCCUUGGCUCUUUGUGUUAUUAGUUUUAACCUCUGAUCUUACUUGUUUUUAUUUUGAUGACGUGUCAAAGGAAACCAUGCUAUAUGCCAUGUGGCGAUAAGAUAUCCUGGUGACAAAUGUUAGUAUUAUAUUUUAAUUUUUUAAGUGUUAUAACUCUGUGUAUUAUUUCAAAGAUGAGGGAAUCCUACAAUAAAGUAGAACAAAGUGAGUAGAAUGUGUAAAUAAGCUAUACUUGUAAAGCGCAUACACCAUAUGUACAAGGGGAUAGAGAUAAAGGGUAAAGAACAUCGGAUUUGGCAAUAGGAAUGCAUUAGAUAUAACACGAUGGGGCCAGAUUAAAAUAUAUAUACAUAUAUAUUGGAACAUUGCUAAUGAGCCUAAUGUAACUGCUUUGUUGAGAUGUGUGACAAAAAAUAUGUAACUAGCCUCACAAAGGAGUUAAUAUCUUCAUGUAGACAUUAUUAGGUCAUUGGUUAAUGUCUUUACUACUUAAAGAAGAAUUGCACCUAACCAUACAUGUCCAUUGUCAUGUAUGUUGGCUCAGUGUACAUUAGGUCAUAUGUAAAGCACUGUUUGUGUCAUUACACAAAUUACACAAACACACUUCAACACAAAAGUUUUGUGCACCUAAAGAAAAUAGUUCUGCAUUUUUGGGGGUCUACGAGAGAACUGCAGAUUAACUAUGCAAUUCUAAAAAAAUGCAGAGUAACUAUGCAAUUUAAAAAAAAAAAAAAAAACGAGAGGAACUUACUAAAACACGUUUUACUUCUAGAUAAGGCAGCUAAAAACUGGUCUCUCCCCACUUUGCCUAAUGGGCAAGUUUAGCCAUUGCAACAUAGAAUUUUUUGGAUCAUCGGUUUAGUUCAUAGUCAUCACAGACCUGCAAGUGGUAUUAUUUAACGAACACAGGCCUAAGGGCUUGUUCUACGAUUAUAUACUCCACUCUGUGUUUUGAGACAUUGAAUACACUGACCUUCUCUUUUACAAAUUUAAUCAAUCCAAACACCCUAAUCCUAAAACACAAAACAUAAAAACAAAAAAAAAAUGCUUCUGUUUAAAACUGGUAAAACUUUGAGGUCCUGACCUUGAUUUAUCAAAGAGUAAUAAUUGCAAUUAUUUGGCCUUAAUAUUUAUUUAUUUAUUUAGAAAUAUAAAAAGGCUUUUACGCAGUCUCUGUUUGGAGUAAAUUCUAUAAAAUGUUGCCUCUAAACAUUAUGUAAAUUCCAACCUAUACACUUUUUUUUAUAGAUAUGAUUCCUUAACAUGAGUACCAGUAUAUACCCAUCUAUAUGCUUAUUCCCACUGGGGAAGUGUCAGGCCAGAUUCAGUUGAAGAAAAGAGAUAGAGCCCAUGUUUGCCUUCAUUAUAUCCCUUGUUUCAGUUAUAUAUUAUGAAAAUGCAAAACCUCGAAGAAUAAGCUAAGCUUGCAUAGUUCAUUGUUAUAUUGUAAAUAUUUCAAGGUUCAGAGGGUCCGUGAUAAGCCAUAACAGAAACUGGGCAGCAAGAAUGAUCAGCCAUUCGGAAGGCAUAUGUAAAAGGCAAAUGAUUUUCUUGGAAACAUGAUUAUUUAGUACUUUAAAAAUGUUUUUGAAACAUACACCAUGUAUAUCGAAUUCUUAUUUCCUUAUUCACCCCUCUUACCCACAUAGCUGAUCUGUCUACACUUAUACAUUUUGUUAAAUUUUCCAAGGAAUCCUUUUGUAUUAGUUAUUAGAGAAUCUCAAACGUAGUUAACAUGGAGAUUUAUGAAACAAUGGAUGAUUCUAUUAAAUAACUGUUCAUCACAUUGUAAAACACCUUAUAUCUCAGGAUGAAAGUCUGAGCCAAUCUGUUCUUCUAUACCUUCUAUAAUUACCCUUUCUAAUUAGGGCAUUAUAAACUAACUUAUUCCUGGUAUGACAGACUCCAUCAUUCUUACAAUGCUUAGCAUUGGUUGACGGAGUGACAAAAAUGUCCUGUAUUUAUUUAUGUGAUGACAUUGGAUAGCUAUCGUAGAAUAUCCCAUAUCCGUUAUAUCGCAAGAGUAUAAAAGGUCACUAGAAAGUAUUUUGGACCAUUUCUUCUAUAAGCCAUUGGAUAGCGCUUAUUUAGUGUUGUGCAGUAUUUGUUUGCUCACCCUUUUAUUGCCUUUGGCUCUAAUGUUUUUGUUAUGUUAUUUCAUUUGUGCAUUAUAUUUACUUUGAGAAUUUCUGCGCUGUCACAUGUGAAUGAAUACCUUCAACGUACUGGAUACACUUUGAUUUAAUGCAAACUGCAUCUGGAAAAUUAAGAAUGAUGGAACAGGGAUGGAUAGAUACAUUUUCCUAAAUCUUCUAGUAGUUGGAUGGUAAAGAACUCCUUUGAUCGUUUGACUUUGGCGUCAGUUUUGAUGCUGUUCAAUAACCUAUUUAUUUCUUUGUGUAAAUAAUUUAUUUGUGUAUUACAAUAUUUUUUAUUUUAUUUUUUUUUAUUAGUAUUCUUGUUAUGUUGUGCCCGACAACAACUAAAAUUAUGUCAAAAAAUAAUCUAUAUAUAAAGAUGUCAAAAACAUUUACUGCAUGAUUUGGUAAUGUGGAUUUGGGUCACGUUGUAUAGUUGGAAAGAUAACAGGUACCACCAAUAUUUUGUUAAUUCAUUUUCCAAUUCUUCCUGUCUUUUAAAUACAUUCUUCUCGGGGUUUUUUGUAGCUUUUAUAUACACAAGAUCGCUCCAAAUUGGCCGUGGGUUUUUCUUUGUGCUACUGCAUGCCACUGUUCUCUCCCACUUUCAUUAUAAUAGUGUCCAAUUCACGUGAUUGCCUGCUUUAUGACUGCAUUCUUGUCAAAAUAAUGUUGUGGUUGUCCUAUAGAUUUUACGGUUUACUUCAAACCUUCCUCUAUAUUUCCCCCAAAAUACAACGUAGUAUGUGUUAUAAUGUAGUAUGUGUCGCCACUUCUUCUUAUGAAAACAGUAAAACGUCUUCCAUCCGGGUAUGUUUGCUGUUCCUCAUAGCUGCUCCUAUUUUGGAUAGGCUGGUUCUUUAGCCCAUUUUUCUGGCAGUAUCCAGAGCAAUCCAGAUGUAUACCAACAGUUAUGGAAGAGUCUGUGAACCCCUGCUAUUUGCCAUGCAGUCAGAACUAUUCUAUGGUAAACCACAUUGAAAGGCAACACUGUUACAAAGGUGCAAUUUUAACUGAUGCGUGCCUUUGUGUAUUAGCUCUUAGUAUGCUUAUGCAGCCCACGUCACUCCAGCUGCUGUUCUGGUAUUACAUCUGUCCAACGGGAUGAGAUUAUUGUGUAAUUAAUGUUAGACGUUGUUUUAUCUCAUAUCUAAUUUAGAACUCAUUCUAGAUUACAAUACAAUCCAUAUUUUCCUUUAGGUUCUGUUUGAGGGUUCUAUGUGUGCAAGGUUAACAUUAAGGCAUAAUCGUAUAUAUCCGACUUAUAGCUAAAAACAUCGGAAUUCCUUGUUUUUGUUAACCAAGGUGACAUACAGCAAGUACCCGUAAAUUCAAGGCUCAGUUUAGGCUUGUGUUUCCAGCCCUUUUUCCAUUAAUCACAUGUCUGGUAUUUUGCAGUAUGCCUGGCAACUAAGAAUAUGAAAGCGUUACACUGAUGUUCUCAACAAAAUUCACAAUUUUCUUGUGUUAAUAUAUAUAAUUAUCAUGUUUGCUCUUAAGGUUACUCUCUUCAAAUAGCUUGGGUUCUUAAAUUGUAUUGGAUGAAGCUACAAAUUGCUUCUCUUAAUUGGCCUAAUACUUUCAUUAAUAAAGACUGCUAUGUCAGUAACAGGUUUAAGAACACCUGAUGAUUAAAAGAACUUGUUAGAAUGGAGCUGGAGUCACCGGUGUAAUCUGAUCCUGCUGUUUUAUGGAACAGUUUAGCACGUUUAUUGGUGCAUCACAAUUUGAAGAACGCUCCUGGUUGUAGUCCCAAUCCAAUUUUGUUGGAUCCUUGCCACAGUCACAAACUCAAAAUAUGCUAGCUCAAAGAGUCAAAGUUGGUGAAAGUUUGCUAGGUAGUAAAAGGGUAAAAGGUUUUUGAGAACAUAAACAAAGAAGAAAUUCAAAGAGGAAAAUGGGCUGUUUGAAUGACUCCGUUGAUUCCGAUCGGACUUUACAAGCUAUGUUUCUCUCUGGUAAACAUCAAAUUUAUUUUGUGGAGCCUCAUUCUGUUGUCUAGGUUGUAAAAACAGUAUAGAAUAUUUUAUAUGUAAUCACAUUCUCCAACUUAACUUAAGGUUUUUCUAAAGGACAGUUCCUGCAGUAUUUUUCACUAUACCAUAUGGGCAUUAUGUCAUAAUGAUAAAAUAUGUUUGACUUGGUUUUUUGUGUUUUGUCUUUAUUUUUUGCAUUGUUGAUGCAAAUAAGUUGUCUACAUUUGAGAGAUUUCACUGAGUGAAACAUAUCUCACCAGUAUAACGCAGCAGCCACGCCGUAGACCUAUUUCCAGCCAUUAUAACUUAGAGUAGAUAAUCAUUAUUUAAUAGUUUUAACAUGUAUAUCAUGGUUUAAGAGUUCUGUAUCAUAUAAAUAUAUACUGUAUAAUAUGUAUUUUGUGUGUGGUGACUACAUUACAUGUCCAGACUGUUGGUUUUUAUCCACGUUGUACCUGUCGGAAGGAUAUUUGCGCUAAUAUUGUAAAGUUGUUUGUUAUAACUGGCAUUGGUAAUGCUAUCUCUCCAAUGAUUACAAAGCGUCGCGUUUUUAUUUUUACAAAAAGUUUAGCUUUUUUUUUCCCUCAAUUUUUUAUCUUUUUUCUGUCAUUUUCAUUGUGCAGUUAAACUAAUUAGAUAUAUAUUAUUUAAUCAUGUUGUAAAGUUAUUCUAGCAUGUAUGUAUGUGUGUAUAUAUAUAUAUAUAUUUAUAUAUAUAUAUAUACACACAAACACAUACAUACUGCAUUGACACUAUAGCUGAGUUGGGCUAUAGUUCCCAUACCACUCAGCCAGAAUCGCCCGUAACAUGAAGCAUAAUUACUACCCAAGUAGUUAGUGACUUCAGCUAGUGAUUUGGCUGGUUGAGCCUUAUGAGAGUUAUAGUCCUCAGCAGACUAAAUGCCAGAGGUUGUUUAGCCAGUUUGGCACAGGUCACAUGGUAUGUGAUACCCACCAUGAAAUACUGUACAAUAGCUAGCUUAAGGCAUGUGAAUUAUGUUUUAUAAUAUCCUAAAGAAAACUUGGGGUAUUUAAAAUAAAAUUUAAAAAAAGCUUAAUUUCGUCAUUGCUAGGUUUGUUGAAUGACAAUUACUAAUAGUAUUAUAUAACCUUUUAAAGGUACAAAUAAAAGUAAGAAUUAAUAUAUAGAACCUAAAAGGUUACAGUAUUUUUUUUUUUUGGAUAAUCUUUGAUUCAGAGUUUUCAAAAUUCUACAGGAUGCAUAGGAUAAGCCAAGGAGUGGUUAUGUCACAUAUGAAAAGAGGUGCAGUUUAUCCCAAAACCUUUUAAAAGGGCAACUCUGGACAUCCGGGCACAUACAGAUGUGGGAUGAUGGUUCCAAAUUGUUGUAGUUUUUUUUACAGUGAAAUAUGAGCACUUAACGAAUACUCAGUGGAACAGCUGCUACAAGGUAGUAGUCUUGGCUUGUCUUAUGUUUAUAAAACCCCCGAUUGUGGAUGUAGGAUUUAAAGAGCGAGUUGUUUUUGUGUAUUAAAUGUAUAAACUGAUAAAAAAAAAAAAUGCUGAUAAUUUGAUGAUACACUUCAUAGCAUGUAAAUAGAAAGAGAUAAGUAAAGGUACAAUAAGUAGUAAGGCCCAGCAUGAAACAUAGAGGUCCAUUUACGGCAAACUAGUACUUCCACUCAAGGGUUUCGUCGGGUCAGUAAACUCCAAAAAUAUAAUUAAACUGCACCCCACAAUAACUCACAUUCUAUAUUGGGGAUAAACUAUUUUAUUUGUCUAAGGAGUACUUGUAUAGUUAGCUGUUUGUAUGGAAACUCAUGAGAUGACCUGAAAAAAAAUAAUUUUGGAUAUGUGCCCUUCCUAGACAUGUGACAUUAAAACUCCAAAAUUGUGGAAUCAGAGAUAACAAGACUAUAAAACAAGCUCCUAACAUUAUCAGCUGAAUUUUUUUUUAUCACUCCCCAUGUGCAAGGAGAAAUUAGACAAAUAUUCUGUAAGAAUUAGCUGUUCUAAAAUCUUUUUAGAUUAACCUACACUUAUGAGUUCUACCAUUUAACCUAGCCAUGUAUGCUACCCAAAUACGUAGAAGUAUGUUUUUUUUAGAACUGAAUUUUUCCUGUGCAGCAUUUAAUAAAAUGUACAGGACUCUGUUUACCACGGAGCAUUUCUUGGCUAAACGCUAUGACGCACUUCAAAUUCAAUUUUUUAAAUUUAUUUUUUUGCAUCUUCUGUGGCGUACACAGCCUUAGUGUUUAUCCACUUAUUGUAUAUAUUCAGGUAGAUGUUUUGCUAAACAUAUAUGUGCAGUAAAUAAGUUUAUGUAUUUAUAAAAAUGAAAAAAAAAAGAAACCAAGUAAUAUUUAAUGACUGGCAUCCAUUCGGGUGCUGUAUUACCAUAAAUAAGGACCUACUGUCUGUGUAUAUAUACAUACAAUAUACAUAAAGGAUUUAUAGAGGAGCAAUAUGUGACAAUAAAAUUAUUUUUCUCCUUAUAAACUAAAAAAAAAUAAAAAAUAAACAUUACUUUGAUCAACUGUAUUUUAUUUUAACCUGUGCACAACGUGGAGCUUAGGUGGCCAUUAUAGUGCAGAAGAACAAUUCAUUUGCUGCAGGAUUCUUUAGCACUUAACUGGCUUAAUGGCUCCACUGUUGUGCAUUCUUGGGAAGACAGCAAAAUACUGUUACUUUAUUUUGUGCCGACCUAUUUAUACAUAGAAAUUCAGAGACGAGAGAGCUAUAUUAAUAUUCCAGGUGUUUUGGGAUACUUGAAUACGGUUGUCAUUUUUUUUUUCUAAUGGAUUUGCUCCUAAUGAUGCUGUAUGUGUGAAAUGUGCAACUAAAAACCCAACUGUGUUUGUUUUUCAGUAGUUCGUUAAAUCUACAAUCACAUUUAUAGAUAGACAGCAAUUUUAUGAUUUUUGUUUUUCUUAAAAAAAAAUUAAGCAGUCACCAUGGAAACCAAUGGAAUGUUUAUAUGAUUUCUCUGUUUCUAGAACUUGGUCCCAAAAUUAAUCUUAACCUCUAAUGAUUCCAGUACAAAAUCAUGGUUUCUCUGUAAACAAGAAAUGGCCUGUUUCAGCAAAUAAUCCAAUGCUACUUCUGUAUAAUAUUGCUGCCUGACUGUAGAUGAAAUUGUAGUCGAAAACAGCUACCAGCUGACCACUUCAAUCUAAGCUAACCUUUGGAAGCAUUGCUCAUUUACUCACCAUUAAAAGUGUAAUAUUUUAUAAAUCAGAAUAAAAUAUUAUAUUAAAGGGUAGAGUUCCUGUCUUCGCUGGAAUCACAUUAGGAAAUCAUUUAUAUUAUAACAUUUUGGUUUUUGGUGGUCCAUUACACACAUCAGUUAUUAACACUCUUAAGCAAAGAUGUUACAUUAUUUGUAGAUGUGUUUAAAAAAAUAAUAUGGUUUGUUUCAGUGUCAGUCUUGAAAUGCAUUGUACACCUACUUACCACUAGGUUAGUUCAUAAGUUACUCCCUCCGCUAUUCUAUAAAGCUUUAUCAAGCAGUAACGCCACAUAUUGAACAUAACUCAUUUGCUAGGGAGGAAAAAAAUGUAAGCUGAUUACUUGUUUAUAUUUCUUUUCUUUUAGGCUAAAAGCCCCUACCCUGUAUCAUGUGCUACUUCAUGCCAGAGGGAAGGUACAUAGUACAAAUUUCACCACUUUGGCACUUGGAGGGUUACCUUUCUAUCACUCUUCCAUUGGCAUCUAAACAUGUUUCAGCUGUGGCUUUGUUGUUUGUUUAGCUGUUAUAAUAAGAAAUGAAUGCCAUACAUUGACAUUUUCUAGUCACUGCAGAUCACAAUAGACACAUGAAUAUCAAUAGGUGUUUUGAUCACAUUCAUCUACAAGAGCUGUAUUGUGGUGGACUAUGAAACAGACAUUUGCUGUGAAAGGCCAAUGCAAAUUCUUAUUUACGUGAAGUGUCUUGAAACCUAGGGUUCUGGCGAUAGCUGGAUUCAUAACGGACAAAAUACUUGUUCUCCCUCUUUUUUUUUUUUUUCUUCAAAUUUUUUUUUUCCUCUUCACUGCUUCUCUACUGAGGCCAAUAAGUUUGAACAUUAGUCACUCUGACCAAAGCAGCACGUCCUCCAUCCUAAGUUGGUGCUGAUGUCAGAUUCCUCAUAAUGUAGAAUUAGUUGAAUGCAAGUGCACCUCUCAUUUCUUUGCCUUAGAGACUUCAAAAUCCAUAUUCAAACAGGGUUUUAUCAGUGUAUGCAAGCGGAGGCCUCAACCUCCCUCUCAUCCCUCCCCAGCUCAAACAGAAUGGACAAUUCUUCACACACACAUCUACCUGUAAAAAAAAUCCUCUGUACCUCUCAUUACUGGUCAAUGACUGUAACAGGUUGCAUCAGGUGUUUUUUCUACAUACUUUUUACACAGAUUCUAUGCGAUGUAACUUAAUUCAAUGCAGCAUUUUAUUGUACUAGUUCUUAAGCUUGUCUAUUAUUAUUUUUUCUAAGUAACUGUGGUUUUUUCUCGUGGUUUUUCUUGUAAUAAAAAAAUGAGCUGUUUACGCUUCUAUGUUACUAAAAGUUUUUACCUUUUUGGAAAGAAAACAGCAAUGCUAUGAACUAAUGAAUUAAAAUAUGUAAAUACAGUAUUGUGCAAAUUUUCAUUCAUUUGAACUGCUAGUGUUAACAAAAUUUUGUCUAGACACCAUUUCUGUUAAUGAAAUAAAGACAUAUCAAUAUGUACAGCCA